AUGCGUUCCUUCCUCCCAAUCUUGUCGGCUCUUGCCACAGCAACCACUGCUGCUGCUCUCCCAGCCCCUGCUGAACAACCAGCUGUUCCAAACCUCCCUGAAGGUUUCUUUGCGGGCUUCAACAACCCCGAUGGAACCACUACGCUCCAGUUCCUCGACUUGAACCAAAACUUGACCUUCACGCCCACGGAAGCACCUGAGGCUGCCGGUCUGGAGAGGCGUGUCGCUGGGUCCAGUUGCUGGGGCGGCGCACUCGACUCGCAAGGCACGGACAGAGGCAUGAAUGCGAUGCGGGAGCGAACCUCGCAUACCCCCAUCGGGCUCGGGCAAUACUCGGACUGGCCCGCUUACUUUGGUUACAACAACCUUGGGGUAUACGUCUACUUUUGCGUGAACAACGGCGCGUGGUUCUAUCAGCAUGCUUUCACCCGAGCGGACUUGGACGCCAUGUCUGGGUUCAUGGAUCAGCGGUGUGGGGCUUACCGUGAUGGAUAUGUCUGGCAUAACGAGGAUGAUGCGUUCUUGUUUGGAAAGGCAAGGAGCGGCACCAAAGUGUGCCAGGGAAACCCAAGGUCAUCUCGUUCAACUGCAAAGUAA